CGAUAACGCAUUUCUUACGCACAUAGUAAACCCAAAUAAGAAUCAAUUAAUUCAGUACGUCCUGCAAACAAAAUCCUGCUAUACACCAUCCUGCCAAGCAACAAGUAGGAAACGAGUGAACUUGCGUAUACGCUAUCAGAAUCUCGCAGUCUCGAACAGCAGGCACGUUAAACUUUCAUUUGGUGUACGAUUCAGUCAGUUUGCGUUUUCAGCUAUUACCGUGCCGUGGGAUAGACAGACACACCGUGUUUUGUUUACGUUAAAUUUGCUGCCUGCUAGUUUUCCGUGUUGUUCGGGACAGCUGGCCGGAGUCAGUCUCGUAUUACUGGACUGGGAUAUCUUGAUGGAUUUUGACAAAUCGACACGCUCAUUUAAGAAGCUCUGUAAAGGGCCAUCAGGCCGAUGAUUUCCGCCGGAGUGGAAGGACGACUGCCCUACAUGACCUACUCCGAGCCUUGGAGCCGAAACCCUCCCAAACAACCCUCCGAGGUGUUUCUUAGGCCUGCUCCAAAGCUACUUCCUCCUCCACCAACAAAUAGAACUUUCAAUGGAGUACCAGUUAGCUCCUACCCUAAUGGAACCAGGAUAGUGCCAUCGAGACCGAUCUCAAAAUAUCCCUCACCGCCUCCUUCCGCUAUACCCGUAAAUCUCACCCAGCCAAAAGAGGAGAUCAAAGAGGACCCGUUAUCUCCGUACUCGCGCUAUCUCUUUCACAGUACUCAAUACGCACCGUUCGGUUAUCCGACGCUAUGUCAGCCUUCUUAUAUUUUAAGAACUCCGACCUUUCCGCCCACACCUUUGAGCCCACAAGAAAUUUUUUCACCUGCUACGCCCACUGCCAGCAGUACCGGAACCUUUUUGUCACCUCCCACUACUUACAGUCCUCCUUCCACCGUAGUCAAGCCUCCACAAACGAUCUUAAGGCGGAGUUCUCCGGUGGUGUCGUCGCCUCACGUGCCCAACUCACCUCUUCCUCAAAGUCCCAGUUUUAAAGUGCCCUCGGGCAAAGAGGGAUCGUUGAAACAUCGUCUGCUGGUAAGGCCGGAGGACGCGAUUAACCGGUCCGCACCAUUAGACCUUCAAAAACCUCCGGAGGGAAGAGGGCGGCUUACGGCGGCUACUAUUUCGCCUCCAAGGUCACCGAAGAGGCAUCUGAAUAACAAUACGGUCCCGGCAAACUUUCAAAAAGGGCAGCUUAUUCAACUGGCGAAUGGAGAAUUUAAGAAGAUCGAGGAGAUGAGGACGGAGGACUUUAUACAGAGCGCUGAAAAAUGUCCUUCAUUGAAAUUGGCGGAGAGUACAGUGGUGAAGAUCGAGGAGGGGAAGGAGGGACAUGUGAUGGUUACUUUGACGUAUGAUCAGAGGAGAGCACAAGUAGAAAUAGAUUCAACACUUGAGCACCCUUAUUUCGUGAUGGGACAUGGGUGGGCCAGUUGUAACCCAGACCGAACCUUACAAGUUUACGGGCUGAAAGUGCAUAGGCUUCAGGUUGGAGACGUAAUGGUUUCAGUAACUCCUCGAGAACCGCAGCCAAGCAGCAACACCUCCCGAAGUACCACCAUAAUGACAACAGCGACGACAACUGCGAUGUCUAGUAGACAGUACUCGAGGAUCGCCUCUACCAGUACCGUCACUAGUACCAGCUCAAACCACAUCCCUUCCACUUCUCUUCCUCUUACCAACCAUUUCACGAGCCAACCGAACCCGACUCCUCCCAGUCAUACUCCACCUCAAAACCACCGUCCGCUCUCGCAUUCUCCUCCAAAAACUUUAAAAUCUCCCGAGUACAUGGUACCACCAUCUACGAUGAGUUACUAUGCCUCUGCGCAGAUGACACCGCUACAAUUAGACGCGGAAAGCAGAAAGAGAAGGUGGAGCGCCCCCGAUGCCAUUGAAGAGGAGGAAUUGGCGAGGAGAAGUAGGAUAGAAUGAUCGUUUAACGUGAUAGUUUUGAGGAAGUUUAAUGACUAGUUUAACCAUAUUUGUUCUUAUGGCAGAUUGAGGUGAGGGGCGCGUAACCAAAGUGGAUUAAGGUGGUUUAAAUAAUUAAUUAAAAUAUUUAAAUUUUUUUUCAUUGAAAAGUUAUGGUAAUAUUUUAAAUGUUGUUGUUGUUAAGGUUCUGCUGCUGGAGUUAAAUGUUUAGUGUUCUCCGCCAUCUUUUUUUUUGUUGUAAAUAAUUUGUGUAUAAAAUGUUGCUUUUUAAUUAUAUUAGAGUUCUAGAUAAAUAUGGAUAUUUUAGUUAUCAUUUUAUAGUUUAAUUUUUUUCUUUUAUGGGGUAUUUUAGAGUUUAGCUGCUAAAAAUCAGUUGAAUCUAUCUGAGUAUUAGCAAAAAAAUAAUAAAACUCCCUUUGUAGAAAUGUUUAUAAAUGACAAUAAAACUAGAAACAAGUAGUAAAAUUGCUAUUUAUUUUAUCGUAAUUAAAAUAUCCAUCUUCUUAUAUAUUAUAUUUUAAACCAUAAACAAAUAUAUCCAGAGUAACAAAAAAAGUGCAAUCGAAACAGUGCUAAUUGCGUUUCUUUAUGAAAUUCGUUCAUGACAAUAUCAUACUUUUUUAAGUUUAAAAGAAAGUAGGGCAAGUUGCAUUAAUGUUUAUAAGUGUCGGCAAAAAAUUAUUUAUUAUUAAACAUCUCCAAUGCUAUUAGGAGCAGUAUUUCAUAAAACACUGCCCAAAUUAUUUAAGUUAAUUUUUUGCCAACACUUUAACGAAAGUUGUGUAAAUAUACUGAGCGUAAAUGAAGGAGUAUUACUUUGAGUGAUAUCUAAAAAAAUCGUAAUGUUAAGUUUUUUUUUAAAGGACCGGGUUUUGAUAGGGGUGUUAAUACACCUUGAUCUCAAGUGGCAAGUAUCGUGUGAUAAGAACUGCUUUUAUACAUUAUUAAUCUUGGAUAAGAUCUGUGUUUUUUUCUCAGUGUUACUGUACAUGUUUUAUUAAAGCAGUCCGUGUUCAACCAUCAGUGGCAUCUGCUCAGACGGCUACUGCGAUUGAUUGAUUUUCUCUCGAAAACUAAAAAGUUAUUUUGAAGAGUUUAUGGUCCAUAUGCCGAAGUCGAGUUAAUCUUAAUAACAUUAGAUGUGCCCACUGACUGAACUGAUGAAUUUAAAGUCACUAAUAUAUUGAACAUUUUUUCAAGAUUCAGUUAGAAGAUUUCAAGUAGAAUUUUCCAAAUGGACUCAUUUGUAUUUUAGCCUGUGAUUAUUUAAGAGAAAUGGCUCUUUAGAUACGACCCUUUGAUUUUUAUAAACUAGUAUGCAUUACAAUGAUUGAUAAAAUUUGAAUUACCUAUGACAAAAAUAUUUUCAAAUUGAAAUUGUUUAUGUCCAUGUUAACAUAAUAAAAAUUGUGUUUUGGAAUUGUCAGAAAAAAGUUCAAUCAAUAAAAUACAAGGUAUACAUAUGUUACAUAAAUACAUGUAUAUGUUUUAUAGCCUAAAAGUGCCAAAAAACUAUUCAAAAAAAUUGUUUAAAAGAAGCUUAUGAAAUGUUCACUUAUUAUCUGGAAAUAUUUAUUUAUAAUUGAAAAAUUAAUAUUUAUUGUAAAAAAACUUUCUCAUCUCGAAAUAUUUAACCAUAAAUACUUUGCUUAAAUUGCUAUAAUCGGUAAUAAAUUAAAUUAAUUUUUGAAACCAAAAUCAAAAUUUACUGCAAUAUACACUCGCCGGCACAAAAUUCUGCCACCCUGAAAUAUUGGCCAAGUUUUAUAAAUUUUUUAUUUUUGAUCAGAUUUUCACGAUUUUGCCAUCAGUUUUUAGCUACAUUUGUUGUGAUUUUUUAAAAUCAUUUUGUAAAGUAGCAUUUUUCGAUUAGGCUAUAUUAUACAGGAGUAAAACAAACUGUUGUUUUUUCUCGUAAUUUCAAAAGACCCUGUAGGAAAAUUAAGGUGGAUAAUUCUGUUUACAUACUGUUCCUUGUAAUCUUUGAUGUAUUCUAAACAUUUCGAUUUUUGACUUAUUCCAUUAUCUCAUUUCUGCUGCGAGCUGCAAAUUUUUUAUUAAAACGCUGAUUUGAACAGUAUUUUUAUUAGGAGAAACAAACAAUAGGUAUAUCAUAAAGUUAAUAAAAAAAAACAAUUUUAGUAGCGUGUACUUCCUCCUCUCGCAGCAAUAACAGCUUGCAGUCUUCGCGGCAUCGAAUGAAUAAGGUUCCCUAUUCUUUCUUGAGGAAUAGCCUCAUAUUCUUCGAUCACCGCUAAUCGUAAGUCUUGGAAGGUUUGUGGUUGUACAGGACGACGACGAACGGCCCUUUUAAGUUGAUCCCAAAGAUGUUCUAUUGGGUUGAGAUCCGGGCUACAUGCGGGCCAUUCCAAUCUUGGAAGUCCAACUUCAUCCAGAUAUUCGCUCACUACAUGUGCAACGUGAGGUCUAGCAUUAUCAUGCAUUAAUGUAAAUUGGUUCCCAAUGAUUGGAGCAAAUGGGACAACAACUUCUUGAAGGAUUUCCUCAAUGUAACGGUGGAUGGUUAGAGCUCCAUUUUCAAUAAAUACAAGAUUGGUGCGUGCUUCGGUAGAAAUACCCGCCCAAAUCAUGACUGAACCGCCACGAUAUGAGAUUUGUUGUGAAAUGGUGCAGUCAGCAUAUCUUUUAUUUCUACGUCUGUAUACCCGCUCACGACCAUCCGGCGUCCUUAAACAAACCCUGGAUUCAUCUGUGAAUAGUACGUUUGCCCACUGUUCUAGAGUCCACUCAAAAUGCGAUCUUGCGAACCUCAGUCGGUGUUGUCGAUGCCGAGGAAGUAAUUGUGGACAUCUUGCUGGCCUUCGUGAAUAAAGUCCAGUCCAGCUUCUUCUUCGAUCUCUUAAAGAACUAAUGGUGACAAAGUGAUGAUCAGCUGCAGUGGCCAUUCUCCUUCUGCCAGAGCCUUGUUGUCUAGUAAAUAUUCCCGUCUGUAAAUACCUAUUCCUUCCAGGCAUCUCGAACUGUAGACCGCGGAAAUCUCAGAGUACGGGCGACAUAACUUUUGCUACGGCCAUCCUCUAUUAACGCAACAAUUCUACCCACGUCUGCUGGAGUUAAUACCAUAUUGACACACAACAAAUUAUAAUAGUGACACUGUCGAACUUUAUGUCAUAUUAAUUGCGUCCUUAGCCAACGUCGAUAGUUUUUAACCGAAAACUUGACAUUAAUUAUCUAAAAAUAAGCUUCAAAUCAGCGUUUUAAUAAAAAAUUUGCAGCUCGCAGCAGAAAUGAGAUAAUGGAAUGAAUCAAAAAUCGAAAUGUUUAGAAUACAUCAAAGAUAAAGACAAGGAACAGUAUGUAAACAGAAUUAUCCACCUUAAUUUUCCUACAGGGUCUUUUGAAAUUACGAGAAAAAACAACAGUUUGUUUUACUCCUGUGUAAUAUAGCCUAAUCGAAAAAUGCUACUUUACAAAAUGAUUUUAAAAAAUCACAACAAAUGUAUCUAAACACUGAUAGCAAAAUCGUGAGAAUCUCAUAAAAAAUAAAAAAUUUAUAAAACAUCAAACUUGGCCAAUAUUUCAGGGUGGCGGAAUUUUGUGCCGGCGAGUAUAUAUGAUUCUAAAAUUUGUUAACCUUUAUAUAGAAAGUAUUUUUGUUAUGAUUUUUUUUUAAUUCGGUGGAAAACCUUAUCAGGUAUGAAAUUUAAAGAUACAUAUUUAGUCAGAUAUAAACAUUUUGAUCAUUGCUUAAAAACUAAUGAAGAUAUCGUCUAUUAAAAUUUAGACGUCUAAUAAAAUUAGCUUAAAAUUCUUUGAAAUUUAUUUUACUAAUAUUAAAAUUUAAAAGAAACUUAAAAGAAAAUCAAGAUAUUAAUUUUAAAAAAAAUUAACAUUCUAUAUCCCAAAAACCAUAAACAACUUGGGUAAAAGUUAUGAGUUUUAAUACUUUAGCAGCCACCCUUUUUUUAGAUUUUCUCUUAAUGGGUUAAAAACUUAAUUUAAGUUUCUAAUGAAAAUUUGUCAUUUUUUAAAUCCUAUUAAUUUUUUUUAGCAAAUCACUUAUUAUAUAUUUAAAUUCCUCUACUGCCAUUUCAAAUAAUAAAUGGAAAAGUGCAAAUUUUCAGAAAAUGUGCUAAAACACUUUAUUUCAACUUUUUUUUUUAAUUUUCCGCUGUAUAUCUUUAAAACAUUUACAGCAAUGAUUCUCAAAUAUUGAUGAUCCUAUAUAACGUGAAUUUGCGUAAAUAAAUAAUUUUUGUUUUGUUUUUCAAUAAAAUUUUUGAUUUCUGCUUUUGAAAAUUUUUUAUAGUUUUCCUACUUUAAUGUAGUUGCAAACUUAAGAGAAACUAAAGUAUUAAAAAGUGUAUUUAUUUGAUGUUUUAUUUCAGAAUUACUAUGGCCUUACUAAUUUAAAAUUAUUUUCUCACUCAUAUAUAGGGUAUUUUCUUAAUGGAAAAAUAUUUAUUUUUACCAUAAGGUGUAUUGAAAUUGAAAAGAAAUUUUGAUAAUGCUUUUUUCCAGCCUCGAAUAUUGGACAAUAAAAUUUAAAUAAAAAAUUCCAGGGGCAACAGAGCACAGGCACAGAUACAAUAUUUUUCAUUAUCUAUAUUAAUUAUCCAUAGGAAAUUUGGAAAAUACAAUUUUUCAAUAUAUUUAACAAAUAAUAACAGGUUUUUAACUCGCAUAUUGAGCACUGUAGAGAAAAACUGAAAAAAAUAGAUGUUUACUCUAAGAGACAUAGAAAAGUAUUUUAGGCCGUUUUUUCAAAUCUUGUAAUUUUUGACACAUAAGUGAAAGUUUCCAAUUACUAAAUUAGAAAACUGUCACGUCUUAAACCCUUCCUCAGCAUUUGGACCUACAUUAUAUUUCUUCAAUUUAAACUAUAGUGGCUUAUGUUCAAAAUAUAAAAUACGUUAACAUAUUUUUUCCAUGUGACUUCUAGGCUGUGAUACAGUAAAGUAUAUGUGGAAAGUGCACACUUCCCUCCAUUUUACCAGGCUAUAUUGCGAAAGCAGGGGUUUUCAAACUGGAUAUAGUCGCAAAAACUGAAUGUUGAAUAGAUCACAUCAGUACUUCUGGUUGGGGUUUCUUUGAUGUGGUCUUUUCAUAUUUCCCCAUAAAAAACGAAAAUAGUUGAUAUAUAUUUUUUGUAGCAAAAAGCUUUGUGCUUCUAAAGAUUCUAACUUAAAGUGUCAACUUCUCUGCAUAAUAUAUUAUAACACAAAUACCUCACUCAUAUUUUUUUGUUAAUAAUAAUAAUAAUAAUAAAACAAAUUGUAGAUAAUGUUUGUAAAUUUUUCAAAAUUCGUCGGCGUUUUAUUUUGUAUAGUUUGUAAUAUUUUAAUUUUGUAACAUUAUACAGAAUGUCUUAUAUAGUUUUUAAGAUGAAUAUUUAGUGUGUGGUGUUGGUCAGUGACAGUACAGGGUGUCCCAUUUAGGACACCCUGUACCCAUCUCGUCCACGCCAAAAAGGAAAAUACUGAUUUUUAAUAAUAUCUUAUUUGUGAUUAAUUUCGUAUAAUAUUAAAAUGUAGUAGUAUAUGUUGUUUGGCAUUCUGUGAUACCCUUUUUAUUAUUUAAAAUUUUUUGUCGACAGUAUUUUCUUUUUUUAUACAUAUAUUGUAUUUUGUCAAUGCUUAGUUUUACAAAAUUGUUACCUGUUGUAGACCCAAGGUACCUAAGAGGAAUCUUUUCCAAAAAAAAAGAAUAGAAAAGUUAGACAAUGAUUUUGUAAGUGCCUUGAAAUGUUUGGGUGUGGUGAAAUUGCAUCCAAAAAUGUGGACAAUUAUGGAAAAUAUAUUAUUUCUCUAAAAGAAACAAAGCUUGUAUAGUUCCCCGCAAACUCCCUAGUAAUAAUAUAAUAAUAAAUAGAACAAUUUGUGUUAUAAUUUUUGGUCGAUGUGCAAUUUAAAAUAAUUUAUAUUUUCUUUAAAUUGUCCCCUUUUCUAUAUUGAAAAUAAUAUAUUUAUAGGAUCUGUAAAAAUUCCUGUUUAAGAAAAAAAAAAUAAAGAGCUAUAUAUUAGAUGCAAAACAAAAAAUUGUUGUAUAGACAUUAUUUGUGUUACAGAUAUAUGUAUAUGGUGUGCCAUUGUUGAAAUGUAUAAUGCCCUCAAACGGCUGUACAGUCAAAACAAAUAAAACCAUUAUAUAUAAAUA